GAGAGAGGGGGCGAGGGUUAAUUUUUAUCUCCGAAAGUGCUGAUGUUGCUUACGACAUACCUUUUAAGUUUAAUAAUCUUUUGUUUGCUGAAACGUGGGAUUGUAUUUCUUCGUUGCCUUAGGCUAUAAGAACAUCUGAGCAUACAAAAAUUUUACUAUUGUUGUUGAUGUUAGAAAAGGUUUUUUUAUUCCCUAUCCUUACGAAAAUUCAUACAGAAUAAAGGUUUACUAAUCAUUGUUUUCUCUUCAAAUUAAUGAGAGUUAAAAAAGAAUCUUGUGUGUUUUUUGCGACGUUUGUUUUUCGAAAGUUUAAAUGCCCACAACAACAGCCACCAUGUUUGUUUAUCUUUUACAUCGGCGUGUUUGUAUACAUUUGUUUAUUUAUAAAUUUGAUGUUAAAAUGAAAUCGGCUCAGAGAUGAAUUUGGUAAGUGGAUUGAGUAAUAAGAAGUACGGAUUGAAAUAAAAUUAGUUAAAAGUUGAGAAUAUAUUAUUUUAUGAAACUUGUAGCCUAAAGCUUAAUACAAGACGAGGAAUGAUGGCGACAUUUUUUCUGUUCCUGUUCUUCAUCGUACCGUUCUUAACACAAGCCGAUGUCAAGCUUCAGACGACAACUCGGUGUUUGGGCGGAAUUGCUGAUUUACAAUGCGCCGCGUCUAAAGUGAUCAAUAUUACCAAUGCCGUGUACGGACGUACAAGUAAACACGCCGUGUGCAAGGACGAUAGCGCAAGGACGCAUAGUCUAUGUUUUUCAAAUGAAAAACAAAAAGAUAUAAGAAGAAUGUGCAACCUGAAGAAUGCGUGUAAAAUUGACGUGACGCGAAACUUUUUUGGUGAUGCUUGUGCUGAUAAAGGAGGCGAAUAUUUGAAUGUAACGUAUCGGUGUUAUUUUGCGAAUAAAGAAAGUACCAGUGCAGGCCGUGUUGCUAUUAUGCCCAAUCUGAUCGACCCUUUUGCUCGCACAGAUAAAAAAGACGUCCCUCGCAACCAAUAUCUAACGAGAAUUGCAGUAAAUCAUUCAGUCCCAAUUCGAUUUCCGCUAACAUUCGUCAUUGACAAAGUUAAAACCUUGAAAGUUAGCUCACUGGAUUCAAAAGAAAUACAAACCAAAGCUUUACAGGAUUUAAUAGCAGAUAAGACCGUUGAUGUGAAAAAUGGAGAUGGUAGCUGUAAUGUGGCUCAAGGAGGUUCAUUAUCAAAGAUGUCAUAUUUCUGUGUGUAUUCUAGAGCAGGGUACAUCUUUGCUAAUGGCGGUGGCUUAUCCCGUUUGAAAGAAUCAAUUUCACGUUAUCAAAUUGACGUAUUUGUCAAAGAUUACGUCAACUCAUAUUCUUCAAAAACUUCAAUAGUGGUGCAUGUUUCAUCUCAAUGUUUCCCUGUUAAUUACCUAUAUCAAAAACUAAAGCGUCAUUGUCCUACUAAGAUGAGAUCUAAAUCGCAUACAUCAAACAAUGAAAAAUGGCCUAUAUCCAGUUACAAAGUAGCAAUAGAUAACGGUGUUGUGAUAGGAAAAAUACAACUGGAUACUAAUUUAACAAGUCUAUUGCUUGAGGGCAACUGCUCCGUCAUUCUGAGAGCCAAUGGGGAAGAGUACAAGCAGAUGUUUGAAUACUUUCAUACUGUCGAUUUGGUGAAAGGAAGAAGAAUGCUUUACUACCCGCGUGUUUAUGGAAAAUUUUUUUCCGUUUCAUUCAGCAGAGAGAUAUAUAUUUCAAAAGCACAGAAUAUCUCAGUUAGCUUUUACAACCCUAGUGGAAAAGCUGUUGAUUUUUAUGGCAAAGGAUCAGUUAUUGUUGUAGGGUUUCCGAAGCCUACAACUUGUCCAAGCAAUGCAUGCAUGGAUUAUUUUAAAUCGUGGAGGAAGAGUUAUGAAGCAGUUGUGAAGGCAGCAGUAAUGCAUUGCGUGGAAGACGUCAAAAUGUUUAAGGUGUUUCUCUCAACUUGUCAGAACACACCACACAUCAAUGUAAAAGAAGAAAUCUAUUUCGGUAAAGAAAUAUCUCUUAGAUGCGAUGGAAUAAGAACGAAUCAAUAUCAACAAAUUCGCUGGUACAAAGAUAAUAAAAUACUGACCAGUAAAGAUAAUUCGCAGAUCUUGAAGAUAUCUGGUCAGGAUUUUAUACAACAAGGCUUUUAUUAUUGUGAAAUUGUCUAUACAGAUGUCACCGUGAAAUCGAAUGUUGUGUUGGUCAAAUUCAAAGAUGCCGUCAAGUCAACUUUAUAUUUCGACAUUUUAAAAAAACAAUAUGACGAUAUGGUGGCACGUGACGGUAAACUGAACGUGGAGGUUACGUUGAAAGCAAAGAUUCACAAUUUGAUAUCCCAUGAUGCAUCGACUUUUACCUCUGUUUCUAUGCCAACCAUUACAGAAGGAUUCGGUGCCUGGUUGAAAGUGCAAAUUAUUGCAUAUAGUCAACUAAAACCAAACGAGACACCUGUAAAUUAUUACGAAUCUCUUGGAAUUACUAAUGAGUAUAAGAAAUUGAAACCAUUUAAAGUGAGGGAAUCCUCUUUACUGAUACUUGAUAGAGACAUGUGUCUUUCUGGAAUUACUGGGACAUCCUCCAGUUACGGAGAAUUUCGUUGGAACUAUACCAUAUCCAACUCAUCGGCUGCAACUCCCUGCACCUUCGGUAGUCAGACAGCAUCACGGAAAUGUGUAGGAAAUUUCACUGUUGGCGCAUUCUGGUUGGAACCAAACGUAAAACAAUGUGAAUAUGGUAAUCCAGUUACCAAACAAUUGGAUGGUUUGCUGAAGAAUCUUUCAUCAACUUCGGUGAAACAAGCUAGUGUCCAAAUGAAACAAAUCACAAAUGCAACAUCUACUUUGACCGCAGAAGAUACUGUAAUAAUAAAAGACAUUAUUACAAAUAUCGUUGACAGCUCAACAGAUAUAACAAACAAGGUUGCUGAAAAUUUGAUUGACGUCACCAGUAAUUUAAUGGAGGUAAACCAAUCGUGCUUAACGUCUGCACAAUAUCAGAACCACGCGCUCAAAAGCAUUCUUCUGGAUGUCGAACAAAUUGCUACAAAGCUACAUAAGAACUCCUCAAAAACUGACCAACCAGUGCAAGUCGCAUCUCACCAUAUUGGAAUAGCCUCGUUUCAACCAAAGCACGACAGCGGAGGAGUUAUGACAAUUCGAGCUCAAUCAGAAUCUAUCCCAUCCCGACCAUUUCUGUACAAUGAUGAAAAAAGCAACGAUGCCGUAUUCAAGAUAAACAUUCCGAAAUCAUUGAUGACUGAUCACGAAAAGAAUAAAUCAAUAAAUUUCGUGUUUUACGCUAAAGACACGUUAUUUCCCAUUAUACAAAGCGACAGAACUGGAAUUAGAACAAAUAAGUUUAAAAAGGUCGUUCAAGGAAAGAUAUUUUCAAUGAGUAUUGGAGGAAAACAUCAUAUCAAUUUAACGGAAGAUAUCAUUUACACAAUGAAAACUUCAACGAUUUCUAAAGAUCGACUUAAGUGUGUGUACUGGGACUACAAUGCUAAUGGCGAACUAGGUGGCUGGUCAGCUGAUGGAUGCAGGCAACUCCAUUCAGGUGAAAACUGGACAAAAUGUAGUUGCAACCACUUGACACAUUUUGCUGUCCUGUUUGAUCUGGAUGUUAAAUCUGUAAACCAAUUGGACAAAGAUCACGAGUUUGCUUUGACUGUGAUCACUUACAUUGGCUGCGCUUUGUCACUCACCGGAAUAUUUCUUACCUUAUUAACACUGCUUAUGUUUAGAUUUUUAAGACGAAAUGCGCCAUCAAAAGUCCUGAUUGGAAUGUGCAUAUCUCUUGGAUGCCUCAUGAUUUCUUUUCUCAUUUUUGUCAAACGCACUGAACACAGAUGGUUGUGUAUUGUUGGUUCAGCUAGUCUUCAAUACUUUGUUUUGACCAGCUUUGGAUGGAUGUUUGUGGAAGCUGUCAUGUUGUACCUAAAGGUGGUUAAAGUAGUUGGAGAGUACACGUCUAAUUUUAUAUUGAAAGCAUCUUUAGUGGCUUUCGGAUUACCAGCCGUGAUUGUUGCAGUUUGUAUGGGCGUUCGUUUUGAUGAUUAUAACAAUAAGGAAUUGUGCAUCGUUAGUGGAAAUGCACUGAGGUAUGGUUUGCUUCUUCCAACAUGCUGCAUCAUUUUCUUCAACGCUAUUGUUUUUAUCCUUGUCGUCAUAUCGCUACAAAAAAACAACAAGGCUUCACAGAGGUUUUCACAAUCUCCAGAUUUUGCUACACAAGUUCGCAUAGCUGUAUCUUGUUGUACGCUACUCGGAUUAACCUGGCUGUUUGGUGUAUUAGCUAUAUCCGAUGCACGCCUACCGUUUCAAUAUUUGUUCUGCAUUUUUAACUCCCUCCAAGGGGCGUUUAUAUUUUACUUCAAUAUAUUACGCCAAACCCGUGUGAAAGAAGCCUGGAUGCAAUUUUUAUCUGGUCAUGGACGUUCCUACGAACCAAGCACAACAUCAAGCCAUCUUAGAAAGACUACACAAAAGAGCAGCGAAGGAGAGCAGACUCCUCCCGCGUUGCAGUUAUCUUAUCGUCAAAUUGGCGAGGGAAAUAACGUUUUUAAUAAUAGUCUAACAAAAUCGGAACUUUCUUUUUCAUCAUAUAUGGAGCGAAAUGGGAAGCGAUAAGGUCUGCAUUGAUUGAAUCUUUCAUAUUUUUUAUGGACUGUGAACUGUUCAGGCAGUGAUAGUGGAAAUCUCUCCUCGUGAAACUGAAGCAAUAGCGAGUUGAAGAUAGGAAAACAUUAGAAAAAACACAUAUUUUCACGACAUUAUGAUGUCAUUAAAAGUAUUACACAGAAAUUGAUACCUUUGUAUAUAGGUCUUGCUUUUCACCUUAUUAACUUGCAGUAGGCGUGCUGGAAAACUUUGAGUCUUGCUCAUGCUUUACUAAAGGUAAUGAAAAUCUGGAAAACACAAGAAAUACUGUAUGAUUUUAUAGCUACAAUCUUAGUCAAAAUAUGUCGAGACAACACAGGUUAUCCACCACAAGUAUUUGCGUUGGUUAUUUCUAUAUUAGAUUCACACAUUUUGAACUUGUCAAUGUUCAAAGUUGACUUAGGACUUAGGUUAUUUGGUAAUUUCCAAAUUCCUAAAGUUUGCUAAUUGUUGCUUACGUCAGCAAGACAUUUUCUCCGAAUUUCGGAGUCUUUAUGGAUCCCGGCGUGGAUUAUUUCGGUGUGUGGGGGUGCUAAAAGAUGUGACUAGCAGCUUUUCAACGCUGUCUGCCUGGCCUAUUGACUGUUUGACCAUAUUUGAAAAAACUGCUUUUGUCUCAACAUAUUGGUCCAAGAUUGUAACUUCUAUUUAAUGCAGAAAGAAAUAAUUUUGAAUAUUUUUUCUCAAAACACAUAAAAAACGUAAUGGCAAAUAACAACCCCCGAAAACGAAAAAAAAAAACAAAAAAAAAACACUAGGCAAUCUGAAAGCCAAAACAUGUGAGAGUUUUUUGAUAAAUAAUAUGAUAUUUUAAUUAUAAUGUGAUGUCUAUUUUUAUUUCCAACUAAUUCCGUUUUUGUUAAGAAAAAAAUAUAGUGAAGAGUA